CCUCCAAUGGCUGGACUUUCAAUUGAGAGCGUCUGCAGAGAGAUUCACGAUGGCUGCUGGGGUGACUCUGAGACGCGGCGAGCUGUUCACCUCCUUGUCCGAAUGAGCCUGGCGGAGUGCAGGAAGGUUCGAGAAACGUUCAUGGAGGUUUACGGGGAGGACCUGGUUGAAAUUUGCAGGAGAAGUGAUUCAGGGUCUUCAUCGUCUCCGGCGAGUUUGAUGAUGCUCAGCCCAUUCGAGCGCGACGCCGCCGUCGCAAAAGAUGCGAUUUUUCCGAACGAUCACUGCGUCGAUUAUGGAGCCCUGAUCGAAAUCUUCUCGUCUAGAAAAUCCAGCCAUGUCCUCCUCAUAUUGCAGACUUACCACUCGAAAUUCCGGCGGCAAUUGGACGUCGACAUUGCCGGCAUUGAGCCUCUUCAUCCCUACCAGAAGAUCUUGAUGGCCUUGUCGGCUUCACACAAAGCACACCAUGCUGACACCAGCCAACACAUUGCGAAAUGCGACGCGAGAAGGCUGUACCAAACAGGGGAGGGGAGACAAGGAGCCAUUGAUGAAGCUGUGGUCCUUGAGAUUUUCAGCAAGAGAAGCAUCGAACAGCUCAAGUUAACAUUUUUAAGCUACAAGCAUAUUUAUGGGCACAGUUACACCCGUUUUCUCAGGAAUGGCCACUCUGGAGAUUUCGAAGAUGCAGUGAGAGUUGUUGUAAAAUGCAUCUGCAGCCCGCCAAGAUACUAUGCUAAGGUUUUGCAGAGAGGCUUAGGAGGGAGGCAUUCAAUAGAUUACAGGGCUUUAGCCCGAGUAAUGGUGAGCCGGGCAGAGGUGGAUUUGGAUGACAUACAGAGGAUCUUCAAGAACAAAUAUGGCGUCGAACUUGAAACUUCAAUAUGUGAAAACAUUCCAGAAGGUGAUCACAGAGAUUUCCUUCUUGCUUUGGCAAGGAAGACCUCCUCUACCUGCUAACCACCAAAAUUCUGCAAUGUAAUCUAUAUUUGUGUAUAAUAUAUACGUAUAUACAUAAAAUUAUUUUUGAUCUCUGGCAUUGUUCAUGGCAGCUUAUCACAAUUAUGAUUUAUUUAAUGAAUGGAUUUGAGUGACAA